AUGUCGAUGAUGCCGCAGCAGGCUGGGAUGCCCUUCGGGCAGAUGCCAGGCCAGCAGCCGCUAGGAGCCGCGCCCUUACCUGACGGUGGAGCGCCGGAAGCACCGCAGAAGAGGAUAAUCAUACGACGGAACAGCACCAGAAAAGAGGCUUCUGCGUCACCGGAGUUGGCUUCUAGAGACGAACCGCUCGGAGCCGCCAUGCCAGUGGUGGAGCCACGGGGAGACAGGGAGCCGCCAGCGCUUCCGCCCCCCCUGGCAGACGGAACGCGCCAGGUACUGGUCAUGAUCCCCAGGCCUACGACUGCAUCCUCAGACGGCUUCGGGCUGGACGAUGAAUCAGUCAAGAUUCCCGAGUUCGGCGUUACGAUCGACCUGCCCGACUGGUACAGAGAGGCUCAGAACGAGCUCCGCCGACCGCCUCCGAGUUGGCCCCCGCAGGUUCUCAUUGACGUCGGUGCCGACCUACAGGACGACGGAGAGGCUGGACAAGACGAACAUUCGGGGCUUCGCCGUGGCAGCAAGGCGAGCCAUGACACAAAGAGCAGUGCAGACACGACUGCCACAGGAGAAGGUAAGAAGCUGUCUCCUCUGCAGGCAGCCAUACAGGCAAGACAAAGGGCCGCGGAAACAACUGCAGAUGAUGAAAAGGACGAGAAGGCUUCUGAAGCUGGGAGCCCAAGUGCUUCGAAGCGCCGCGCGAGUGUGGCACAACUUCGGAAAUCGAAGCUGUUUCCAUAUAUCCUGGUCGUGUUGUUUUCCAACCACGUUUACACGAGUGGCCUGAAAACUAUAAGGGAUUGGGCAAGCAAGAUGCAAACGCAUUUCGAGGACACUUGUCAGAUGCAAAUGCGAAACUGCAUCUCUUGGCUCGCGCGUGCGUUGCGCACUUUUGCUCGGACCCUCAUGGUGGACAGCCAUCGAGGACUUGAGCUUGCCCCUUCGCGAGGAAGCGGGCUCAAAAUUCUGGACAUAGGUGGUGACGAUCUAACUUCUCGACAGCGAUUGGCCAUUCGAGCGUAUGUGCUUUUUGAUAUCCUUCUGACUGGGGUUGAGACGCCCCCGCCACCGCUAACCAGAUUCCUCAGCCGACUGGCCCAACCAGAGGGUAUUAUGCUUUAUAUUCCAAAGACGUACUUCACCGAGUCCGAGAGGACUGCACUCGACUACGACCCAAGGGGCGGCUGCUACUCACAGCCGCGCUCUCGGCAGCAUCAACAGCUGGUGGCCGGAUUCCUCAUCCCAAGGGCUUUACUCGGUGGCUUGUUUACGAGCUGGAUACGCACUCUGGACGGGGAUCCCGGCGUUGGCGCAGAUCGCAGCAAGAGGAACUUGCAGACGCUCGGGGCACUUAUAUACCUUGGCUUUCAGAAGCAGUAUGACCUCCUCGGGGGCGUUCACGAUAUUCCAGGACUGUCGACGGCAACAAGCGAGCGCUUGACACAGUUCGGGCUGGAUAAGCGUUUGGUGAACGAAGUCGGUGAGUUGGUGGAGAAGUUGGUCGUCUUCUUCACCCAGCCAGACGCUCACAUGUCCAUCGUGCAGCGGGUUGAGUCCAACCCUUUCACGGCUGGGAGGAUCAAGAUUGCACCCAGGGAGCGUCAGGGAGAAGGUGCUGAGAUGGCAGUUCAGGCUGACGAUGUGCCAGAUGAUGAAGCUCCAGCUCCCAUGACAGGGUCGGGAGCCCGGAUGCAGUAUUUCGAGCAUUCGAGUAUGUUAGGCACGGGUGUCCUUUGUAUUCGUUUGUACCGGACGGUGGAGGUAGGACAUGCCUUGGGCAACCCUUCCCUGCAAAAUGGGCGCAUCUUGAACAAGGUAAGAUGUGUUCUUCUCUUUGUCUUUUCGGGUACUCCUUCAUUUGCUGCGGAAGAGCAUCGCGCAGCCCCCAGUUUGCCAGUGGAACGAAGCCAUGCGGCUGCUGGUGUCGGGAUUCUGGAUGUUGGCUUCUUCUUUGUGCAGGUGGACAGGCUGAAGAGCUUUGCGCCUUCGGUGUCCGAAGCUGCUUCUUCCGUCAAGAGCGGCGCGGGUCGAUUCAGGCAGAGUCUGUGGGAAAUCCAGCACCUGUCGUCCUUGCACGAUGAGGGCUGCCCUGCCAAGGUUCAGAUCUCCGAGGAGCCAGAAGACUCUCACCUGAAGUGGGCGCACGUUUGCCUGCUUCGUGUUAAUGGCCACAGCUGUGCAAGGUUGCUGCAGAUGACUGAGCCCGAUAAGAGCAAAGUGCUGCACCUCCAAGAGGGCGGCAGUGGAUAA